AUGUCUGGUGAGGUUGUUUCAUCAAUAACUGAUGAUUCAUCAAGAAUGAAGAGAAAGUAUGAGGAAGCCAACGACAAUGGUGAACAAAGGUCAAGAAGGGAACCUUCUAUCCUGGGAUUGGAUAAAUUAGAAAGUCAAUUGGGUGAAGAUUUAGGAACUGAUACCGAUUCAUCUUUGGGUAAGAGUUCUGAUGAGGAAUCGUUAGGUACCAGCGAUGAUGAAGAGCAGGCCAAUGUCGAUGAAAAUGGCAAUAGUAAUGCCAAAUCUAAGAAACAACGAUCCAUGGAUACCAAUCAAUUCAAUGUUGAAAAUAACAUUGAUGAGGAAACUAGUACUGUGAAUGAUGUCUAUGAUAAUAGCAACACAGGGUAUCAAAUUGAAGCCUUUAACAUUAAUGAAGAAUCAAAGAAUGGAACCUUUGAUAAAGAUGGAAAUUAUGUAGAAUUAAAAGAGGAAGGGGACAUUACUGAUCGAGAGGACAUGUGGAUUGAUGACUGUGAAGAUGUUAAUAAAGCUAGAAAUGCAAAAACUCUGGAAGAAAUACGAUCGAGGGAAAGGCAGAGGACUUUAUUAAAGCAAAAAAGAAGAUAUACAUUAGAUGAUACAUUACUACAUCUGAAAUACUUUAUAGAUAAAGAGGAUACUGUGUUGGAUACUUUGAAUAGAUUCAGUAAACUACGAAACAAGAAAGAUCCUAGUAAAGAUGAACAUGCAUUAAAGACUAGAAAUAUAUAUAUUGUCAAUGCAAUCGAAUUCCUAACAGAUUUAAUAGAAUUGCUAGAGAAUAAAAGCGUUGAAAAUGUCUAUGAACUAACACGUUCUGAUAUCGAUAAACUAAUCCUUGAAGAGAUUAUAUCGAAAGAUGAUUUGAUCGAUGAUUACAAAUCUAAAAUAUGGAACUUUAAAUGGUUGACAAAUUUAUCAAAAGAACCGUCAAAGGACUGUUAUUCAAACUAUGAAAUGCAAUAUUGGAAAUCAACUUAUUUUAAAGGUAAUGUCAUUGUUAAACAUUAUAAGGAUUCCGAUGAUGUUAAGAAUUGGGUCCAUAUCGAUUGUAUAACCUUUAUGUAA